GAUCUAUGCGGCUUCAACGAAUGCCCAACAGCGCUGGAAAGAGAUUUAAACCCACCAAAUACAUCCCGGUAUCCACAGCUGCCACACUUCUUGUGGGAUCGACCACUUUAUUCUUCGUUUUCACGUGCCCCUGGUUGACCAAGGCGAUCUCUCCUGCUGUGCCUCUCUACAAUGGCCUGGUGUUCCUCUUCGUCUUGGCCAACUUCAGCAUGGCAACCUUCAUGGACCCCGGAGUCUACCCGAGAGCGGAUGAGGACGAGGACAAGGACGAUGAUUUCCGGGCGCCGCUCUACAAGAACGUGGAGAUCAAGGGCAUCCAGGUCCGGAUGAAGUGGUGCGCCACCUGUCACUUCUACAGGCCGCCUCGCUGCUCACACUGCAGCGUCUGUGACAACUGUGUGGAGGACUUUGACCACCACUGUCCCUGGGUCAACAACUGCAUUGGACGGAGGAACUACCGCUACUUCUUCCUCUUCCUGCUGUCGCUGAGCAUCCACAUGGUGGGCGUUUUCUCCUUCGGCCUCAUCUUCGUCCUCCAUCACCGAGAGAAGCUGGGCGCGUUACACACCACCGUCACCCUGGUGGUGAUGUGCAUAGCUGGGCUUUUCUUUAUUCCAGUCAUGGGACUCACAGGUUUCCAUAUGGUGCUUGUGGCCCGAGGCCGAACCACCAAUGAACAGGUGACGGGCAAGUUUCGCGGAGGAGUAAAUCCCUUCACCAAGGGUUGCUGUGGCAACGUGGAGUAUGUCUUAUGUAGUCCCCUGGCGCCCAGGUACAUGGUGGACCCUAGGAAGAAGCCUCCAGUGAAAAUUCAGCCGCCGUUCAUCAGACCAGACCUCUCAGACAGGCAAAUCACCAUCAAGGUCAGCGAUAAUGGCAUCCAUGGCACCAUCAUCAGCUCCAAGUCCAAAAGCAGCCUGGAUGGCCUGGAUGACAAAGAGACCCAGCCGCCACUGCCACCAAAAGCUGACAGGUACAACCAGCUGAAAAGCCAGCUGACUUCCAGCGAAGAGAGUUCUCUGUCUGGUAAGACCCACCCAUCUACCCCAGCCAUGUACAAGUUCAGGCCAUCUUUUGGCACGAUGCCUAAAGUCCACUACCAUCCUGCUGGCGAGAAGAUUGUGAUGCCAGAUGACCUGAAGACGUCAGCCAUUUUGGAAGAAGGUGUCCGUGGACAUGACUACCGCUCUGAGCCCAACCUGGACCUGCCUGAGUACGGCAAUGCACCCCUCCACCGCACCUUCCAGUCUUCACCCCUGCAGCUGGACUCUUACCCCAUCAACUCCCGCUCGCUCAGCUUGAAGCAGGGUCACCGGCGUGCAGAGAAGGGCCAGCUCCCAGCCCUGCAGCCCGAGACAGUCACCUCCACCCCCUACAAGAGUGUGUUCUCUCCCAACACACUGUCCAACCGUAAUGGUAGCCUGUCCUAUGACAGCCUGCUCAACCCCAACAUCUCCCCAGCCACUGCCAGUGAGUGCAUGGCCCACCCUGGUAUGCCCUCAAUGGGGUUCCACUCACCCUAUCUGCCCACCAAAAUGUGCCACAUCCGGGGACCCGAACUGCAGAGGCAGCAGGCCCCACCCACCUACAGUCCAGGAUUGCCAGCCAGGGGGUUGGGCAGGCUGUCACCCUCAUCUAGGGAUAGGGACCCAUCCCCAGUGCGCUAUGACAACCUCUCCCAGACCAUCAUGGCUUCCAUCCAGGAGCGAAAGGAGAUGGAGGAAAGGGAGAAGCUGCAGAUGCUACACGGGCGAUCCCACAGCCAGGCCUACGUUCAGGACUCUGGUAUGUUUGACAGCCCAGGGGGCUAUGGCCUGCCCCACAAUGCUUGCUACCCAGACGGGCCCCGCGGCCCCAGCUCCAGGGGCCCGACACCCCCGGCAUGUGCAGGCUCCAGGGACAACCUGAUGGGGGCUGGAGUGGUGGGCUAUGGCCAGCGGACCCCUGUGUUGCGCCAUGCCGGCACCACACUGGGUCGAGCCCCGAGGACUUCUUCCAGCUCCCUUCACACAGAUCACAGUAGCACCAACAGCAGCCAGAGCAGGGCCGCUGGAUCCGAGCCCCCCUAUCGCUCCCCAGCCCACCAGCCCCACCACUCCCCUGCCAUGCCCCGCUCCCCCUCCUACAACCAUCAGAAACUCUCCUUCAUCAGUGCCCUUGAGAGGACAGACUCACCUCGCCUGGGAGGCCCAAGAGAGGCCAUGAUGCAGAGUAAAGUUAAUGGACAGAUGGACUGCCACCCCAGUGCCCAGGGGACCCCCCUCAGCCCCAGUCGCCACAGUAACGUCAAAAAGGUGACAGGGGUAGGAGGAACCACCUAUGAGAUAUCGGUGUGAGCAGGGAUGCCGCAGCCACCUCCAACGGUGACAACCACCACCUCCCUGCUGCAAGAGAUUCUCUCCUCGCUAUUACUUUUGUCCAGAGUUUGGCCAAUCAGGGGCACAUAGCACUUCCUGCUUUGGAGUUAUUGUCCAAUCAGAGGACCUCCAUGCUCUUUUGUGGGUCUGUCUAGCCAAUUGCCUGUGUGCGUUUGUACUGGAGGGUUGGGGUGUCAGUUGACAACUGCUGAGGGCUGUACGUGUGUGGAGUGUUUUGUUGUUACAUUUUGUGGCUUGUCGUGUUUGAUCAUGACAGUGGACCGUCCAAAACAGCGCAUCAAUGUUAUUACCGUUGUGUCUAAGUUGUGGUCAUGAAGCCCAUAUUGUUCCAAAUGUCACACAACACACAAACGUUGCUCCAACAAGCACUGAAAGCCGAACUAAAACACUACAGAUGAAUUUACACAUUGACAUCUUCACAUAGGACCUCUGUGAGAAGACUAAAUAAUGUCCUUUUCCAAGUGAACUGGCCUCAAGAGGUCAAGGUGCUUCACAUAAACAUGUACUGUUCAUGUCCUCUUCAGCAUAUUUUAUCUUCUGAGAGGCGAUGGCAGACAGAUCAGUGUUAGGUCAGUACCAACUGAAUGUGCGGGCAGCACCAACAUUAGUGAGGCGUGAGACCGGGAAUGGAUAUGAGGAGGGAAAGUCAUUAUGUCGGCCUCUGGUGGCUGCAUUCAAAAUUCAUUGAGAAAGGCUUGACCCUUCCAUAAGAAAUUAGAGGAAAUUAGAGUACCCUGAAUUAAACAUAACAGGGAUUCCGAUCUUUAUUGGUUGCAGGCUACUCAAGAAAAAAGUGAGUUUUGCUGUUUUUUUAAUUGCAGUGAGCUUUAUUGUAGGUUAAAGAUGACAAAUUUAUCUGGCAAAAUUAAUGUACUUAUUCAAAAUGCAUGGUUUUGCCUGUCAAAAUGAAUGGGGAUUUUCUCAGGAAUGAAUGUAACCAGUAGGGGUUAGUUGUCACUUUCCAUCCCCAUGAGCAGAGAUGGUAUUAAUUCAUAGAUCCUGAAUGUCUCUACUUCUGCAUUCAUCCCAGUGGAGGAUGACUCUUUAGGGCUUUACAAGAGUACAUUUCAACCCCUUUAUUCUCAUCAACAGGGUGUAGUACUUUGUCAUGAGCUUCUGUUCAUUUCGCUGAGCUAAAUUCUUCGGUUUUGUCUCGCCGAUUUCAGCAUAACCCGCACAAGCGCUGAGCAGAUCUGUUUGUGUUCUGAAAGCUCCGAAUACCUCAUCCAAACACACAGUUCAGAACGAGUCCAGCCUCGCACAGCCGAAACGCAGUUUUUCUGUUGUGACUUCAUGUUUUGUAAAACAA